GAUCGAUCGCUCCCGCCCCGCGAGCCGCCAUUUUUGGAAGGUGGGAGGAGAAAGGCGGGUGGGCGCGGUGCCUGCUCUGCGAGAUGCUGUCUGGACUUGGCGGCUCUCUGCAGCAGGUCAGGACGAGGGCAGCACGGUUGGCCGGCGCCCUUCCUCCGGCUGCGUCUCCGGAAUGAGGCCUCGGCGCCCGCGCGGGACGACUCGGUUCCUCCUCAGAGCGAAUCCUAGGAGAGGCCGAAGCCGCCGCGAUGCCGGGGAAGCUGAAGGUGAAAAUCGUGGCCGGUCGCCAUUUGCCGGUGAUGGACCGUGCCAGUGACUUGACGGAUGCCUUCGUGGAGGUAAAAUUUGGUAAUACAACCUUUAAGACAGAUGUGUACCUCAAGUCACUCAAUCCUCAGUGGAACUCGGAGUGGUUUAAGUUUGAGGUGGAUGAUGAAGAUUUACAAGAUGAACCUCUGCAGAUCACAGUUCUCGACCACGAUACUUACAGUGCAAAUGAUGCUAUUGGCAAGGUGUACAUUGACAUCGACCCGUUACUGUAUAGUGAAGCUGCCACGGUCAUCUCAGGGUGGUUCCCAAUUUAUGACACCAUACAUGGUAUCCGUGGAGAAAUCAAUGUUGUUGUCAAAGUAGACCUCUUCAAUGAUUUAAACAGAUUUAGACAGUCUUCAUGUGGAGUUAAAUUCUUUUGCACGACAUCGAUUCCAAAGUGCUACAGAGCUGUGGUAAUCCAUGGAUUUGUAGAAGAGCUGGUGGUCAAUGAGGACCCCGAGUAUCAGUGGAUCGAUCGAAUCCGCACACCAAGGGCGUCGAAUGAAGCCAGGCAGAGACUCAUCUCCUUAAUGUCAGGUGAAUUACAGAGAAAGAUUGGCUUGAAAGUCCUUGAGAUGAGAGGAAAUGCAGUUGUUGGGUACUUGCAGUGCUUUGAUCUGGAAGGCGAGUCUGGGUUAGUGGUACGAGCCAUAGGAACAGCGUGUACUCUGGAUAAAUUAAGUAGCCCAGCAGCAUUCCUUCCUGCAUGCAAUUCCCCAUCCAAAGAAAUGAAGGAGCUUCCGUUCAAUGAGGAUCCCAAUCCCAAUCCUCACUCAUCAGGACCCUCAACCCCUCUGAAAAACCAAACUUAUUCCUUUUCACCUUCCAAGUCCUACAGUCGGCAGUCCUCUUCUUCUGACACAGAUUUGAGUUUGACACCCAAGACUGGAAUGGGCAGUGGGAGUGCUGGAAAAGAAGGGGGGCCCUUUAAAGCUCUUUUACGGCAACAGACCCAGUCAGCGCUGGAGCAGCGGGAAUUCCCCUUCCUCACCUUGACGGCCUUCCCCGCUGGACUUCUUGUGCACGUCGGUGGUGUUGUCAGUGCACGCUCUGUGAAGCUUUUAGAUCGGAUCCACAACCCUGAUGAACCCGAAACUCGAGAUGCAUGGUGGGCAGAAAUCAGACAAGAGAUAAAGUCACAUGCUAAAGCCUUAGGCUGCCAUGCUGUAGUGGGCUACAGCGAGUCAACUAGCAUCUGUGAAGAAGUCUGUAUUUUAUCAGCGUCUGGCACGGCAGCUGUCCUGAACCCUCGGUUUCUGCAGGAAGGCACUGUGGAGGGCUGUUUGGAACAAAGGAUUGAAGAGAAUGUACCUGUGGGCUGUGGGUUCUGCCAUAUACCAUAUGAUGAACUGAACAUGCCGUUUCCUGCUCACCUCACAUACUGCUGUAACUGCAGGAAACAAAAGGUCCCUGAUGUUCUCUUUACAACUAUAGAUCUGCCCACAGAUGCAGUGGUUGUUGGAAAAGGUUGUCUUAUUCAGGCAAGGUUAUGUCGAUUAAAAAAGAAAGCACAGGCAGAAGCUAAUGCCACAGCUAUCAGUAAUCUCUUGCCAUUUAUGGAAUAUGAAGUACACACUCAACUGAUGAACAAGCUCAAACUCAAAGGAAUGAAUGCUUUGUUUGGACUGAGAAUUCAGAUCACGGUUGGCGAGAACAUGCUGAUGGGCUUAGCGUCGGCCACAGGAGUCUACUUAGCAGCCUUACCAACGCCUGGUGGUAUCCAGAUUGCUGGGAAGACUCCUAAUGAUGGCUCCUAUGAACAGCACAUCUCCCACAUGCAGAAGAAAAUAAAUGACACGAUUGCAAAAAACAAAGAACUUUAUGAGAUCAACCCCCCGGAGGUAUCUGAAGAGAUGAUAGGAUCACCCAUCCCAGAACCCAGACAGCGCUCAAGACUUUUAAGAUCGCAGUCAGAAAGUUCUGAUGAAGUUACGGAGUUAGACCUUUCACAUGGGAAAAAAGAUGCUUUUGUUUUAGAGAUCGAUGACACUGAUGCCAUGGAAGAUGUGCAUUCCCUUCUUACUGAUGUCCCACCUCCUUCAGGUUUUUAUAGUUGCAAUACAGAAAUUAUGCCUGGCAUAAAUAAUUGGACAUCAGAAAUACAGAUGUUCACAUCAGUAAGAGUGGUCAGACUAAGCAGCCUCAACUUGACUAACCAAGCUCUCAAUAAGAACUUCAACGGCCUAUGUGAGAACUUGCUCAAGAGCCUGUAUUUCAAACUUCGGUCUAUGACCCCCUGCUGCCUCUGCCAUGUGAACUUUACAGUGUCUCUGCCUGAAGAUGAGUUAAUCCAGGUUACCGUCACAGCAGUUGCAAUAACUUUUGAUAAACACCAGGCCUUACAGACCACAAAACCCCACGUCGAAAAGUCACAACAAAGAGCCUCUGCAGAUAAUGAAGAACUGCUGCAGUUCCCGCUGGAACUCUGCUCGGACUCACUGCCUUCCCAUCCUUUCCCGGCAGCUAAAGAACACCUGGAGAGUGCGAACUCUAACUCAGGUAUACCAGCUGCACAGAGAGCAACGUCAGUUGAUUACAGUUCCUUUGCAGACAGAUGCAGCAGCUGGAUAGAGCUCAUUAAACUGAAAGCUCAGACCAUAAGGCGCGGAUCAAUUAAGACAACUGUGACUGUUGAAAAAGCAAGUCCCAUGGGUGAUGGAAAUUUCCGGAGUCGUUCUGCACCACCUUGUGCAAGUCCCACAGUUGGGGUUGUUAAGAUGACGCCUCUCUCUUUCAUCCCUGGAGCAAAGAUAACAAAGUACCUUGGCAUCAUUAACAUGUUUUUUAUUAGAGAAACUACUUCUCUCCGUGAGGAGGGCGGAGUCAGUGGUUUUCUCCACGCUUUCAUUGCUGAAGUAUUUGCCAUGGUCCGAGCUCAUGUCGCCGCGCUGGGAGGGAAUGCUGUUGUCUCCUACAUUAUGAAGCAGUGUGUCUUCAUGGAGAAUCCCAGUAAGAACCAGGCACAGUGUCUCAUAAAUGUCAGUGGGGACGCGGUGGUUUUUGUUCGUGACUCUGACUUAGAGGUCAUAUCAUCUCAGCAGCCUGCUGCCAACUGCCAACCAUCAUGUACUGGAGAAGUUACAACCUGAAGACAGCGGCUCAACUGAGUGAAAUUCAUGUGUCUCCAUUGUUUGUCGUCUUCUCAGACCAGAAGGCCCAGCGUGGGGCAGAGGGCUGAGGAGGCAGGUGCGUCUGGGUGGUUUGCCUGCACAUCUUGGAGACUUUGAGACUUUCUGAUCUUGACAUUUUGUUUGUCCAGUCUACACAGACCAGCCCUGUGGAUUCUAGUACCUUCAGUUAUGGGAGUUAUUUGUGAUUUAUGUUGAUUUUAUAAAAUUAUAAUUAAAAGUGAAAUGGAAAGGUUAUCAAGAGUCUAGGAUAGGUAGCUUCCAUGACUUCGAAAACUAAGCAGGAAUCCAAAUUGCUGAUGAGUCCAGAGUUGAUUUGGAAAUGGAGGAAGCUGUGUAUUUUCAGAUAAUUACUGUGCAGAUUUCUCAGAAUCUUUUGCUUGAAAUGACUAAUUUGUUAGGUGGACGGGUAAUGGUUUCAGCUACCUUUUUAAAGGAAGAUUCUAUAGUGUGUGUCUGCAGAACUGCUCUAAGGAGCUUCCAUGGGAGCUGUCCACAUCCAGGAGCGUGGGAAGGCCUCACAUAAAAGACUGGCUGUCCACGUGAAGGAGGGAGGGACCGCCUCAUGACUGGCUGUUGCUUCAGAUUUAAUUGUCUAGAAGAGGCUCCAUUUCAACUGGGCAGAGGCUGUUGUAGAAUGUAUUUUAAGUAGUGAAAAUACAGUUGACCUAGGAAGAACAGGAUUAUUUUCUAAUGAUAUUAUAUUGCACUCUUAAUAAUCUUAGGGAUUGGUGAGGUACACUGUUGGUAUAGAACAUGGAAAGGAGACUUGAAUAUGCUGUGAAGUGUUGAAUGUAUGUAUUAAGUCUUACCUAUGCCAAGUACCCACUACCAAUGAUAUCAAAUUCCUCCUUUGCCCAAUAAAAUGUCCUUAUAAAACUUAGGAUUUUAUUCUCUCAAAACAACAAAUUACCCUAAAGAUGAAAAGUCAUCUUAUUGUUACACAGGUGUCAAUAUUUUUCUGUAUUAUGUUUAUAAUUUUAUUUUUUAAAUAAAAAGUUUAUAAACAGCAUA